AUGGAUCCUGAAAUCUACUGCUACAAUUUGCCCCAAAAGCAUGAACUUCUUCUACAGUCCAUAGGAGACGUUUUUCCAGACACUUUUGAGGAGCUAUUAGCAGAAGUACUUUUUAAGGUCCUUCAAAUCGAUACUUUCAAAAACUAUAUAAGUUCCCUACGACAUAAGGUCACACUUGUUGAUUCUGACGAACCGCGGGCAAAUAUUGGUGCCGUCUGUGUCUGCAGAGUGACAGUGAAACCAACAAAUGAAAAUCCAGAAGUGAAAGAGAUUAAUACGAAGAAUUUUUGGAAUCUCGACCAACAUCCAAAAGCAAUAAUUGUAUCCAGUGACUCAGUGAAUGUGAUAGAUUCAAAAUUGUGUGUUUAUAAAACAUUCAAAAAUUGGUUUGACUUUACAAACAUCAGAAUCCAUCACAAAUUAGAUCAUCCAAGCACGCUAGGGUUAUUCUGUGCAAAACGAUUAACUGACAAUUUAACUUACCAACUAAAAAAACUGAUUGAAUGUAUACCUAAAUACUGGACCGGAAAAUUUGUAAAAGAAACUGCAAACACUGCUUUCUCCUUAAAAGUCAUAGAAGAAACCUGUCAAAAUAUACGUCUGGUUUAUGAGGGAAGAAAUAUAGGAUCUGUUAGUGAUGACAGAUAUACAUGCCGGGCGCCUUGGACAAUUCGCAGAAUUAAAGAAUCGUUAGUUUCAAAAGCACUAGAUUGUAUUGCAAACCAAUUUACAGAAAAUGUGCUUCGUAGAAUUGUGAAAUGGAUUGCAGAGAAACUUGAAAUUACUCUUACUGAUGAAAUUCGGAGAGGAGAAAUCUUUAAAAAUGCUAAAAAAUUCCUAUUAAAUUCAUCUAGUGUGGUUGGAGGAAUAGCUCUUGGUGAUGCAGUAAGACAGAUAGUUGCCAGAGUCUUCAACCCCACACCUGGAUUAAUAGGGAGUGUUGUUUUUGCUACAGCUUUCAUUGUAGGAGUUGCAAAGACAGUAGUUAUAUCUGUUAAUAUAAAUUCGCUAGAAUGGAGGAACGCUAUAGCAAAGGAAAUACAUGUAAAUAUUUCUUCAAACCAAAGGAGUAUAAUCAACAAAAUUGCCAAAGAAAUAAGAGAAUUAUGCAUUAAUGCUAAGAGAGAACUCGAGAAAAUUAGUCAUGAUUUAUCUUCUUUAAGCUGCCAAAUACCAAUUAUUGACCAGAAAAAAUUGAUUGAGGAAUGGACGCUGAGAGACUUCAGAAUAAGAGAUGUAGAGAGCUGUCCAUCUAUUCUUCAGUUCAUAGCAGGGAGAAUUAAUGGCAAUCCAGUCAUGAAAGUUUUUGUACAAGGAAAUGAAAAUGAAGCACAAACGUUUUGCGAACUAAAUGCAGAAAACAAACCAAAAGAUGCAAAGUUUGAAUUUGUGAAUGUUGCUCUGCUGGCUGAUUCCCGAAAUACCGCUCUAAACAAGGGCCGCUCAUAUCAUAUUGCAGAGGAUGAGGAAAAUCAUAUAAACAAUAUUAUUAGAGAGGAAAGAGGAAAACUUUUUGCAAAGUAUUCCAAUGUUAUUGCUAUUGGUAUGAGUUCAGUGAAAUAUUGUGGAGAUCGUGUUGUUCACGAACCAUGUAUUUCUAUAUACUGCCUCGAUGCAAAUUUGAUACCUUUUGGAGAGGAAGAAAUUCCAAAAUAUCUUAGAGGUAUUGCCUGCAAUAUUGUUGAAGAUUUCAUAUCAUUUGGAAGUUGUGAAAAUUGUCAAACAUUAGAUCAUGGAUGUAGUAUUGGGAAAAAAGGGGAAAAAUCAUCUGGAACAUUGGGAUUUUUUGUGCAGAGAAAAGAUCACUCUGAUGACCCGUGUAGCGGAUUUCUUACCGCAGCUCAUGUUGCUUUAAAGGAUGAUAUCAUUAAAACAUUACAGGGAAAGCGCCUCUCUGAAUCCAACUUUCGGAAUGAAGUUUUUGACAUCGUACACCCGUCCUUUGAGGAUAGUGAAGCAAGCAAAGUUAUUGGGAAAGUUAAAGAUUCGUUUUUUGGGAAUUACGAAUCAAUUGGUAUAGAUGCAGCUUUUAUAAAAACGGAUGAUAUUCAGCACGAACUUUCAGAUGAGAGAAGUAAACAACCAUUCUCGUUCAACAAUAAUUCUGAGGAAGAUAAGGUAGUUGUUAAAACUGGAAGAACAACUGGCAGAACGACAGGAAUAUGGUUGAGACAAUGUCCUCUUUCUGUAAAACGAAUUCCACCGAGACAUAAAGGGGUUUACUUUCCAUUAUACGAAUGUCUUUGUAUCGAAAAUAAGGACUCAAAAUCUUUCUUUGAACCUGGAGAUUCCGGUGCAGCAGUUUACGUUAUCAGUGAGGGAAACAUUCAUUAUCCAUUAGGUCUUGCUAUUGGCAAAACUACGAGCAUACACUUACCCUCAAUUACAUUAGCAUGUCAUAUUGAAAGUAUUUUAAAAGUUUUAAACCUGUCCAUUUUUGAGCCGGCUCAACCUAUGGAAGUAUCCUAGGACAAAAAUAUCCUUUUAACUUCUUAUUCUUAAAUGCUUGUAAUUUCGUAGAGUGGUAUUGUUACAAAAUUUAUUUAAAUUAAGUAAAUGGUAAUGUUGAAAGUUUAUGGAAAUGAACAAGACAUUUGUGGGUUAAUCGACAACACGUCAGACCGAUAAUCUCGGUGUCAUGAGUUCGAUCCCUGGCGUGAGUGAUGUCAGAAAGAAG